UAAUAACUACACAACCACCAAACCUCACAAGAGACGACUUACAUGAAUCAUGAAUUCUGAGGAAACCAUCAUCCACAAGGAAUGUCUAAUAAUAACCAACGAGUUUCCGUUUGCAACAAAACCCCGUGUCAUUUCCCUUCAACGUCCACGUAUACCUCUAACACGUGACUCUCUCUCUUCAUUCCACGAUCAUACAGAAGAAAAAACCACUAUAUCCCUUUUACUGUAACACCCCUUCACACUAACAUGCCACCCUACUUUUGCUUUUUAUGUGUUACGAGUUGUAAAGAGCCAAGUUUCUUCCACGCUAUGUUGAGGCUUCACGUGUGUGUGUUGGAGGCCAAGGACCUUCCUGUGAGGGCUACGUACGUGAAGCUUAGACUCGCCAAGUCCAAGGCCAAGACAAGGAUUUUGACAAACACGUGCAACCCCGUUUGGAACCAGGAGUUUUGUUUCAAGGUGCAUGAUGCUGAGGACGUGCUCGUUGUGUCUGUUGUUAGUCAUGUGAAUGAGUGCAGAGUGAGCAAUGGUUAUGUCGGUUUCCUGGGUGAGGUUCGGAUACCUGUAGGCUCAAUUUCUUUUGAGGAUAAACAGACCUUGCUCCCCACCUGGUUCUCUCUUCAAAGCCCCAAGAGUGGGAAAUUUUUCAAUAAAUAUUGUGGGAAAAUUCUCCUUACUGUUUAUCUUCGUGGUAAAGGCCGUGCUUUUACCAAGCAUAAGCAUUCUUCAAAUUCAACUGUUGCAGUUGAGAACUCAAAGGAAUUGGAAGGUCUUCACAGUUCAUGUCGGGCACCUUGUGAUAAAAUGGGUGUAGGCAAACUGUUGAGGGUUAUUGCGAAUAGUCUGCAUAAGAUUUUGAAAAAGAAAGAAGGAAACUCGAAGCCCGGGGAUUCUUCAGAACUAUCAUCCACGUUAUUAUCGGAUCCUGAAGAUAGUGUUCAGGAAAAUUCACCUUCUUGUAGCUUUGAAGAAGCCCUUGCACAAAUGGAAUCAAGAGACAACAAACCUGAGAUGCCUGAAAAUUUAUCGGGCGGUGUUCUAGUAGAUCAGACUUAUUUAUUCUCUCCAAAGGACCUUAAUUUGUUUCUUUUUGCACCCAAGUCACAGUUUCGUAAAGAUUUGGCUGAGCUGCAGGGAAUAACAAAUGUGCAAGAAGGACCUUGGACAUGGAAAAAUGGAGACAUGUCAAGUUUGACACGAGUUGUUACUUGUACAAAAGCUGCAACAAAAUUGGUGAAGGAAGUUACUUGCACUGAGGAGCAAACGUACAUUAGAGUGUGUAGAAAGGAAUUUGCUAUACUUUGUAAUAUAAGUACACCUGAAGCUCCAUACGGGAAUACAUUUAGGAUUGAAUUGCUUUACAAGAUAAUGCCUGGUGAAGAGGUACCUUCAGGAGAGGAAUCCUCUCAUCUUGCUGUGUCAUGGGGCAUUGUCUUCCUCCAAAGCACAAUGAUGAAAGGCAUGAUAGAAAGUGGGGCAAGACAGGGAUUGAAGGAUAGUUUUAACCAGUUCUCCCAAAAACUAGCGCAGAACUUUAAGGUGCAAGAUAAGGCAAAUUUUUCAGACAAGGAACAUUUUUUGGCAACUUUGCAGACUGAAGACCAGUGGCAUUGGUGGCAGGAAGUUGCAUACUUUUGUAAUUUCACUGUGGUUUCCACCAUUUUCAUGUGUUUGUAUGUGAUGGUGCAUAUUUUUUAUUGUAGUCCAAGUCCACCUCAGGGCUUGGAAUUUAGGGGGCUUGAAUUGCCAGAUAGUUAUGGGGAAUUCAUUAUAGGUGGAAUUUUAUCCAUCCAGUUGCAGCGUGUUUACAAUAUGCUGUCUCACUUUGUUCAAGCUAGAUUUCAAAUGGGAACUGACCAUGGCCUCAAAGCUAAUGGUGUUGGAUGGGUUCUUACUGUGGCUUUAAUUGAGGGGGUUGACUUGGCCUCCUUGGCAUCAGAAGGGUUGUCAGAUCCCUACGUAGUGUUAACCUGUAAUGCACAAACAAGAUCAAGCUCUGUCAAACUUCAAACAUCGAAUCCUCAAUGGAAUGAAAUAUUAGAGUUUGAAGCUAUGGAAGAACCACCAUCAGUUUUGGAUGUGGAAGUGUUUGAUUUUGAUGGUCCAUUUGACCAGGAUGUUUCACUUGGACAUGCUGAGAUCAAUUUCCUAAAGCACACAUCAACUGAGUUGGCAGACAUGUGGCUCUUGCUGGAAGGAAAACUUGCUCAAUCUUCUCAGUCAAAGUUGCACCUGAGAAUUUUCUUGGACAAUAAUAAAGGAGUUGAGACAAUCAAGGAAUAUUUGGGGAAGAUGGAAAAGGAAGUAGGCAAAAAGUUGAAUCUUAGAUCACCACAAAGGAGUUCUACAUUCCAGAAAUUGUUUGCAUUACCUCCGGAAGAAUUUCUCAUAAAAGAUUUAACUUGUUACCUCAAGAGAAAAAUGCCUUUACAGGGUCGGCUGUUUCUUUCAGCAAGGAUUCUGGGUUUUUAUGCCAAUUUCUUUGGACACAAAACCAAAUUUUUCUUCCUUUGGGAAGACAUUGAAGACAUACAAGUGCUUCCUCCAUCGUUGGCAACAUUAGGAAGCCCUACAUUGGUCAUAAUCCUGCGAAGUGGUCGAGGUAUUGAUGCAAGGCACGGUGCAAAGACUCAAGAUGAAGAAGGGAGACUUAGGUUUCAUUUUCAAUCAUUUUCUUCAUUUGGUGCUGCUUGCAGAACAAUAAAGGCCUUGUGGAGAACAAGAAUUCUGAACCCCUAUCAGAAAGAACAAAUUACAGAAGAACAUGAUGAUCAAGAAGGCUUUGUAAUUCCAGAAGACUCAGCAUCUGUCUUAGAGAAUGAAGAAAACAUGUCCAGAAUCUUCUCUGCAGAAGUACCAAUCAGGAUGAUAUCUGUGAUGGGAAUUUUUGAUGGAGGAACCCUGGAGCAUAAAAUUAUGCAGAGAACAGGAUGUAUGAACUAUGAAACAACGGCGUGGGAGCUAGUAAAACCUGAGGUGUUCGAGAGGCGUGUUUCUUACCAAUUCAAUCGACAAGUAUCAACUUUUGGAGGUGAAGUCACAAGCACACAGCAAAAAUCUCCAAAUGCAGACACUGGAGGUUGGACUGUGGUUGAAGUUAUGGCUCUUCACGGUGUCCCUUUUGCUGAUCACUUUCAUAUUCAUUUUAAGUUCGAAAUUGAGCCAUCACCUCUUGGUGAAUGUGCUUGCAAGUGUGAAGCUUACAUUAGUGUCAUGUGGCUUAAGAGCUCCAAGUUUCAGCAGAGGAUCAACCGCAACAUAAUAGCCAAGUUUAACCUUCGAUUGAAGGAAAUAUUUGAACUGGUUCAGGAAGAGAUUUUGAUCAUGUCUCAGAACUCAAAUGGAUAAGGAUUAUAUUAGGGAGGUAUAACAAAUGUGCUAGACAAAAGAAAAAUGAGUUUUCUCUAGAGCAAUUAGCGUUCUUCUGAAACAUCUUAUCAGAUAUGAUUUAUUUUGUAUUAUUUUAUAACGCUGGUUCAAACUUUAUUUAUAGUUUCUAUCCAUUAAACUAUGAGAAGGUUUGAACGGAAGAAAUUACAGGCAGAUGGAAUGACUAAUUUCCUAUGUACUAUGUACCACAAUA